ACCCGUCACUUCUUUACCAGGUCUACUGUUAUAAACAGAACCUCCAUGUUGUUGGAAAACGACAACUUCAACCUCAUUGUAAAUUUGUGAGCACACAAAUGUUUGUUUUUUUUUAACUUAAAAAUACUUACUGUUAGUACAAUAACAACUACAACAUGACAAUAUCUAGAACAAUUGUUACGAAACGUAGACUGGAGGCGGAUGCAGGUCAAAGUCUUUAUUAGCAGUCAACACAGGAAAUGCGGUCAUCAACAGCUGCGUGGCGCUGAACAGUUCCCCUGCCGUGGGAAGCCCCAGAUGCUCAGAUCAUUUUGCUGGCUGCGUUGCACGGCCUCGCUCUUCGGCGGCGGGGACGGGGUAAAUGGCGCGCAGCUCAGCUUUGCACUGAGCAGUUUCCUCUUCGAGCUGUUUGCUCAUCUCCAGGGACGAACGAUAAAGCGCCCAAGUCCUGGCCUCUUCGGCGGCGCUCGUGGCUACCUGCUGCUUCCGCAUUUUGGGCGCAGUAUUCUGUUACGCAUCGGGACUGGAGGCGGAUGCAGAUUUGAAGACUCAUCACAGACUGUACGUGAUGUAAUCCAGAAGAGUAAAUUAAUCAGUGAAGGUCCACCUGCACGAUAUCGUCUCCUCACAACCAGAAGUAAUCUUGAAAACGGCUCAGUGAGAAAAUGGACAUUUGGACAGCGAGAUGUCAAAAUGCAAAACAAAAUCAUACUGAUGGUAGGAGAAACUGGAACAGGCAAAACUACGGUGAUCAAUGCCAUGGUAAAUUAUAUACUCGGGGUGAAGUUUACAGAUGAAGUGUGGUUUGAGAUUACAGAAGAGGGAGGAGAUAAUCACAUGUCAGAUCAGUCAAAAAGUCAAACAACUGAAAUCACUGUGUAUGAGAUCUUUGCUCAAGACAACCCAAUCUGUCUUACCAUCAUUGACACUCCAGGUUAUGGAGACACCAGGGGAACAGAAUAUGAUCAACAGAUCGCUGAGAAUCUGUACAAACUGUUUCACAGUGAUUCUGGAGUGAAAGAAAUCGAUGCAGUGUGUCUGGUAGUGAAGGCAUCUGAGAAUCGACUCUCUGACAGACAGCAGUACAUCUUUGAUGCACUUUUGUCAUUAUUUGGUAAAGACAUAGAGAACAACAUUGUCAUUUUUAUCACUCACUCAGCUGGAUUGCCUCCGACAAAUGCUCUUAAUGCCAUCAGGAAAGCAGGGGUUCCCUGCAGGAAAAAUAAACGAAAUGAACCUGAGCAUUUCUUAUUCAACAAUUGUCAAACUGAGGAAAGGAACCCAACAUAUAACAGCAUUCUCCAAACAGCUUGGGAACAAAUGGAAAACAGUUUAAAUGAUUUCUUUUCCUCACUGAAAGAAGAGAACAGAAAAAGCUUAGAGCAGACUGAAAGUGUUAUAAAAGAGUCCAAACGACUUGAAGCCUGUAUUUCUAAUCUACAAGAACGUAUUGGCUUUGUAGAGCGCAAACGUGAAGAACUGUCUCAGACUCAGAAAGCCCUUGAGGAAAACCGAGAAAAGAUUAAGAGAAAUGAAAACUUUACUUUUACAGUCACCAAGUGUUACAAAGAAAAAGUUCCCAUUGAAAAUGCUUCACGGUGGGACAGAAAGGCCACCACUUGCUCUCUCUGUAAGGAGAACUGUCAUGAGUAUAACUGCUGGUGUGCCUGGAAUACCAAGUCGUGUGAAGUCAUGAAAAACAGCCACUGCACUUCAUGUACACGUAAAUGUCACUACACUAAACAUGUCAAAGAGGACAAGAAAUAUGUGACACACAGUGAAGAGAUUACGGUGACGUUUGAUGACUUCAAAAAACAAUAUGAAAGCAGUAAUUCAGAAUCAGAUAUCACGUUUGACUCAAACGUCGUUGAAAAUGUUAAUAAAGAGUUUGAAAGCAGCAAGAAACAGGAAGAGGAGAAGACAAGCAUAGAGAAGAGACUGAAAGAAGACCUGACCAAGAAUGAAAAGGAAAAAGCUGAGCUGGUGGAAGAAGCCUACAUCACCAUCAUGAAACUGUCUGAGAUUGCUUUAAAGUCAGAUUCUGCUUUCAUUGUUCAGUGUCUCGACUUCUUGAUCCCUCGAGCUGAAGAAACUGGAAAACUCAACUAUGCUCAGAAACUAAGAGAGCUGAAGAACAUUCAUCCUGAAUCACAGGAAAGAGUUAAUGCUGUACUGGGGUAUGCAAGAGCAGGGUUCAAUAAAAUUAAAGAUGCUGUUACUCGUACAAAUAACAAGUAAUGAGUAAUACAAGUAAUGAAGAAGGAAUUCUCAUCAUAUCUGAAUCAAGACUGCAGGUUUUGUUCAGUUAAUAAACUGCAUUGUGUUUAUUCAUUAAUGCUGAUGUUCAAUAUUUAAUCUUUUACUUUGUUUUGGUAAUCAUUUAACACUGUUUUGGUGAGCCAUUAUGAAUAAAAUUAAAGUAUAGCAAUGGAAUUUUUCUAAAAAAAUUUAACUUUACCUUACACAUACCAUACUGCUUAUGAAGCUAUACUGUGCAUGGAUAGAUGAUUUAGUUAAUUAGCUUCUAUUGUUAACUCCACUAGUGCUAAUGUUCUCUGUGUAACUAUCUGUUUAUCUGACUUUCUCAUUAAAUAACUAGUGUUUUAACUGCA